UCAAUCGUGAAAACAGUUCGCCAAUAAUGUUCUUCGUCACUGGAUUUUUCUUUGGUGUUUUACUCGUCGUCGGAAGUUUGGCCAAACAAAUGACUGGGGUACAUCUGAAAAUUGCAGUUAAUCACGAACCGCCAAUCUUCUCCAUCAUCCGGAAUCCAACUAACGAGAGCUCAGUCCGCUACUCUGGUUUCACCAAAGAUGCCUUUCAAAUUCUAUCCAGUGUCCUCGGUUUCACGUUUUCGUUUGUGGAAGUCACACCGACUAUGGUCAAAAAUAAAGGAUCAAUUGAUGCUGCCAUGGUUCACCAACUAUUGGGAAAGAGCGCUGAUAUUGACGGACGACUUAUUUCCCCAACUGCGGAACGUUUAGAGUACAUGGAUUUUACCCUGGCUGUCUCUGUUUUGAAUUUCGCCAUCAUCCAACCAAUGCCCAACAUUAAUAAUCGAUUCAUGGCGCCGUUCAAACCCUUUCAGUCAACGGUGUGGUACAUGAUUUUCGUUGCAUUCGGUGCCACCGUCGUCUUUCUCAGCAUGAUCACGAAAUGUACCAGAUCAAGCAAACCUAUUCCGAGGCAAAUGCAAUCGAGAGUGUUCCCCGGAGCCGCUUGGUACACGUUUAGUGUCUUAGUCGCACAAGGCGCAUAUUUCCCGUCCAAUCGUGUGUCUCUCCGUUCCAUCGCCGGUUCAUGGUGUCUGGUGGCAGUCGUUUUAGUUUACGCCUACAAUGGUACGCUGAUUUCUCACGUAUCGCUACCAAAGUAUGAACCAAUCGUUAAUAACUGGGCAGACCUCGCAGCCAAUAAGAAUCUGCGCGUUACCGCUCAAAGAGGAAGCCUUUCUGCUAAUAUCAUCUUGAGCUCAAAAACAGGUUCGUUGAAAACGUUGGGUGAUUCGUUGAGACGACAUCCUGAAGAUCUUUUGUUGUCGUUACCUGGUGAACUGGAGAGGAUUUUGCAUUCGGGUUGCUGUGCCUACGUUGGAGUCAAGAGGCUAGGAGAGCUCAUAGUUUAUGGGAGCAUGAUAGCUCAUGGAGAAUGUAAGCUGACUAUGGGCAAAGAACUUGAUUAUUCACAAGUUUGGACUUUCGGCGUCGCUAAAAAUUUUCCUUACCUUUCAAGCAUCAACAAAGGCAUACAAUCGAUGCGGCAAAGUGGACUUCUCACACGAAUUGGGAAAACGUAUUUGAAACCAAUCGAUAAAUGUUUGGCUAGUUCUGCUGCUCGACCCAAACAAAGUCAAUUGACUCUUUACGAUUUGGCUGGUGCUUUUACCAUCAUUUUCGGCCUGGGAUGUCUUUUUUCAAUUUUGGUUUACCUGCUAGAAAUGGUGGUGCCGUACCUAGUUAGCAAGACUCGUAGCCCGGAUGCGGAAAUUACGCAGUGAAAUAUUUCUAAUGAACAAAAGGGAACGUGUGUUCCAAACUUUA